UCAAAAAUGGCUGCCAAAUAGAUUUUUAAUAAAAAUAAAGUUAUUUCUUUCAAUUUCUCCGUAGAUAUACAACUUUGACUUUCAUGCCAUCAUUAUUUUAAAAAGAUGUAACAUCCAGUUUGUCUCAUACCUUCGAUGAUGUGGUAAAAAAGCAUAAAAAAGAUGUAAUCAGUUUGAAACAGAAACAAUGGAAAAAGACAGACAAGUCCCAAAUGACAGGAAGAGGGUUCCAAACACUUCUCUUGCUACCCAGAGCAAUCACCCACCACUCACCAAUGGUUGUGAUAAUGCUCCAGGGACUUGUACGAGGUUUAGCAGGUCAUCUGAUAUGGUAAAUGGGCAAUCCACUUGUGUGGAAGUUCAAUGCAAUGGCAAGGAGGAUUCAGAUGAAUUAGAAGAUGAAUUGGCAAAUGAUAAUACAAAUGACAGAAGGGAAAACAAUGGUAGAAUGAAGAGAAAUAAUGGCAAGAAAGACUUAAAAGUUACAAUGAAUGGUAUUGAUGUUAGAUUGAAUGGAACUGGAUAUUCUAGAUCAGUAUGCAAUGUUUAUAGACAUGAGAAUGAUCUGAUAUUUGGAAGAACAAGGGGAGGUGUUGUAAAUAACCAGGAGACUAUACCUUCUAACCAUUGUGCUGGUGGUUUAGCUAAUUUUAGUCAUGGUUUAAGAACAAAUGGUCAUGUUGAAGAUGAGGAAACUGUUGCACCAUCAAGAGAAUUAGCUGAAAAUGGUAGGGUGGUUAAAGAAUUAACAGCACCUCUUGCUACUCCAGAAAGUUUUUCUGAUGAUGAAAGUGCUCAACAGGAUGAUGCUAAAUCAUCCCAGGCAUGCAAACAAAGUUCUGAACAUUUACCUAAUGUUAACAAUGAGGUUCAAGAGACAGCUGGUUGUCUUAUGUCAAAUGUUGUUAGAAGUCUUUCAAUAAAUGCUUUAGAAGAACCACAACACAUGGUAAAUGAAGUGCUUCAUAGUGGGGAGUCAUCAGAUAGUCUCAUUUGUGAUGAUUUUGAUCCGGAAGUUAGAGAUAUGGAGGAAGUAAAAGACAAUGGUGCUCAAGAUGAUACUGUCAGUACUGAUAGUGAUUUAGGAUGUUUAAUGGAAAAUGUUGACCUGGAUAAUAACCUUGAGGAAGUAGAAAGUGGUAAUGUUGAGAUUCAAGAAAAUAAUGAUGUUGCGGUUGAAGUAACUGAAGUUGAUAAUAAUGAUGACAUAGGAGAUUUUAUUGAAGCAGAUUUUCCUCCAAAUGUUGAAAGAUUUGCUUUCUUUUCAAGAGAUUCAACCUCAGAUGAAGAUGAAGGGUGUGGGGAUGAAGUUUUACCAAAUAAUGAUGAAGAUAUAGAGUCUGAUAACGAGACAAUUGAUCCAACAGAUGGUGGUUAUAUGUCUCCCAGUAGAAUGAAUGUACAAAAUGUGUUGAAUACAGAACAGAGACCUUCUAGUGGGGCAAGCAAUGUGCUAUCAGCUGCCUCCAGUACUGUUAGAGGAGAGCUUUCAUGUCUUUACCCAUGCAAUAUAUCUUGUGAUAAAAGUACUGAAGAAAAUGAUGAUUAUCAUGUGUUGAGUUCAGAUUGUAAGUGUUCAGACGAAUGUCUAAUAGUGGAAUGUGAAUCGUGUAAUAUGCUUAGUCAUGGUAGUAGUAGUGACUCUUCAGUGCAAGGAGAUAGAGAUAGUAAUAUUGGAAAGGGAGAUAAUUUAUGUGCAUGCUGUGAUAAACCUAUGGUUGUGGACAGUCAGCGUCAUAGGGAGUUGGGAGUAGAUGUUUGUGAUAAAUGCUUUAAAGAGUUAAAUGCCGAACAAAGUCGCUGGUUUGAAAAUGGUGCAAAACACAGAACUUGGCCUGGUUCAAGGUCAAGUUCAUCAAAUAAUUUCCUCAACAGAAGUUGUGGCAAUGGGUUGUUGCCUUUAAACAAUAACUAUGAAAAAGUUUGUAAUAAUUCUUUCACAUGUGCUCGAUUCAGCAAUAGUGACAGUGAUCCAUACGACCGGAUUUACGUGUCUGAUUCAUCUGAGAUGAUUUCACCGGACACAGAAACUGGUGCCGAGUCAGUCUUCCAUGCACCAAGUUUAACCAAUUCUGACGAUGGGACAGUUGUGCAAUCUAGCCAGUUGAGUGAAGAGGGUACUAGGGAGUACAGUAGUAGACCUUUACACCGCCAGUCUAUCUCGCUGGACUUCACCAGCCCAGAUGAAGUCUUGUAUUGUCCAUAUUACACUCGUAGAUCUAGAAGUCUCGAUCAGGAACUGAUGCAGCUUGACAACGGUAACCAUGGAGAUGAGAGACCUGCUGAAAGUGAAGAGCCAAAUAAUGCAAUCUCUGGUUCAAACUUUCAAGAUGACGAAGUCAACACGCAGGAAAAAGUUUUUGAGAAACAGCCAUACAAUGUCCCUGUAUCAAUGUCAAACUGUAAUUUACCGGUUCCCAUCCAGAGUUGUAGUAGCUCUGAUGAGGAAGAGAACAUUAGAAUGCCAGGAGCCAGUAUGGAGGAAGUUGCUGGUGUCAGUGUUUUUGAUAUGGAAAAUUUUGACAUCAUGCCUCAGUCGGAAUUUGCGGCAAAUUUGGAACAGGCCAAUGAUAACAUGCUGUAUGGUCCAGGAUCCAAGGGAAAGCACUCUAGAGGACACAAAAUGAGGAUGGAUGACAAUGAGCCAAUAUAUGAAGAUAUUGACCAGCUAGAGUUGCUUCUUGAAGAAAGAGCAAGAGAAAAUGAGGCAAGCAGAACAGCACAACCUUUGUCUAAUGCUAUAACUAAGUUAAGACGUCGAAGAGGAACCAGAAGUCCGGUGAAUGACGUGGAGAAAGUGAUGAUUUGGAAUGAGUAUGAAGCUUAUGUUGUCCAAGUUAAACAGAUAGGAACAUCGGCAUGUGGUCCCACAGCUGUCCUUAAUGUUCUUAAAGCGUUUGAUUUUCAAGUGGAGAAAGAAGAGGUGGCAAACACAAUACAGUCAAACCUGAGGAUGGAGGCAGCACCUAUACCCUACUAUCUCUUCUCCAGAUAUAAUGCAGGAACUACAGCACAGGUGCUUGUUGAUGGUGUUACCACUGGGACAAGAGGUGCAAUAAAAGGAAGAUUCUUCCAUUUUUAUCCUCCUAGAGAAGUCGAGUUACUCAAAUGGCUCGGACAUUGGAUGAAGAAAGGAGCUGUUCCAGUAGCUACAUUAAAUCUUCAGCGAGGUGUGAAGCCCGGCUGGACUAUACCAGAUGCCUGGCAUCAUCAGAUGGUUUAUGGUGUCAGUAGUAAAGGUAUAUAUUUAACCAAUCCACUGGAGAUUGUACCAGAGAGUGUUAUAAUGGAACAGUUAACAAGUGACUCAGUGUUGCUGGUGAGACGUCAGGAUGUUGUCGGCAGGUUUCGAGAUUGGUGUCCACUUAAUGAGAUUAUAAAACAGCGAGAUCCAAGAUGGCGGACGAUGAAUGUGCUUGGUCAAGUGGUACAUAUGCUACGAGAACAAUAUAUGCCUGCGGAACAGAUGAUGUCCAUGAAAAGUCAGCUGACCUCGCAUAUAUCAAUUCCCGCGGCAUACAAGGCCGGCAUUAUUCUCUUUAUGAGGGGGAACUGCCAGGCAAUGGAAGAGCUAAUGGCUGCUCCAGAACUCCCCUUAAAAAAUCCACAAGCCAAAACUUGAUAAAAAUAUGUACAGAAAAAUGUAUAAAUCUUGUAAAGAGGGGUUAUAAAAUAGUUACAAUAACUCUCACAAAUUUUAGAGACCUGUGCAAAAUGUUGAAAUCCCACAUAGUUUAUAAAGAGAGAAACAUUCAUUUUAACUCUGAACUUUCCAACUGCGCUUUUGUAACUUUUAAAAUGUUUAAAGUGGAAAUGAAAAAAUGAAGUAAAGUUAUCCCAAUCAAUAAUACCUUCAGAUACAGAAAUAUAUACUAAGGGCUGAAGUGGUAGAAUGGUUUGAGUUGCUAAUUUCAAAUCUCUUCACCACUAUGGUUUGGAACACAACCAAAAAAAUGGACUCUAUAAAAGAAUUCCCUUAAGAAUAUAUUACCUUAUUACAUGUAUGACAUUAUGUACCAAAAUAAUUGGUUCAGAUUUCAGAAAUCCUGUAAACUGUCUAUACAAGUUUAUAAAAGGUUUCAUGUUACAAGUUAAUGAUUUCCAAAUACAACCUUAAAAGUUUCAUUAGAUCAAGAUAUAGCUCAAAGUUUAUGAGUAAAUUAGGAUAAUAUGUCGCAACCUUUAACCGCCUUUCCUUCAUGCUGCAGUUUUAUUUAAAAAAAAUAAAAAACAAAACAACGGAAUUAUUUAUGCAAGUACAAUAUCUUUUAUUUGUUAUUUUAAAUGAAAUUUAGUUCCUACAGUAGCAUGCUGUUGGCAACAGGUUCUACCCAUGCUAAGAUGAACACUCCUGUAUUGUUUAAAUCAUGGUCUGCACCCUUUGCUUUUCGUACAAAGCAGAUUUUAUAAAUUUUCUAUAAAAUUGAUGAAUGGUUUCAAAAGAUGAAUGCGUUCAUUUUAAGAUAUUUAGCCCUGUAAGGUUAAGAUAUAUUACUGUAGGGCAGCGUAUUACAAUAGUAUAACCACUUUCCUGUACCCAAACAUGUGAAAAGUUCAUAUAUUAAAAUGUACAUAUUUAACAGCAGCAAGCAAUUUUUUUUGGACAAUAAUUUGGUCAGUUUUUAGAUGAGUCUUACGUGUAUAAACCUACAUGUCUUGACUUACUGCCCUUAAUUCUUUAUUUGUAAAAUAGUAACCGUUGUCUUUCAAUUAGGGCAUUGUAUAAAUUAGUUAGGAUUUAUAUUGUUUUUGUGUGUAACUUUUAGAUAGUUUUGGAAACAUACCAUUAAAUUUUGUUCUUUCAUAAGCGUUAGAUACCCCUGAUUCACUAUUCCAUGCAUCUAGGUCAAAAAGUGAAUUAAUGAAACAGUCCUUGGCCGUACUUAUUUCUGGAAAAAUUUUCUGCAUUGAAAUUUAAAUUUUCAUUAUAAUAUAUAAAAUAUUAUAUGUAAUUCUUGUCUGGUUAAUUUGAGUUAUACAAAUCAUAUGCUUAAUUUAUAAAGGGAAAUAAUUUUCGAAAAAUGACUUCUACAGUGUUACCUCCCUUGGUUCAAAUGAAAUACUUGAAAUAAUAUCUUUAUUACUUUUUUAUUUUAUUUUGUACAUAUGAAAGCUUACUAAUUUGUGCUAGUUAUUUAAUACGUCUCAUAUUUAGUUGACACAAACGUUUAUAGCUCUAGUGUUAUUUUACAUUCGUAUAUGCAACCAUCAUUAUACAAGGGAUAUAUGUUUAUGUAUGUUAAGAUUUUUUAUUUUAGGCAUUAGCUUAUAAUAAAAUAUAUAUGUGUUAAAGAUAGUCUUUCUGAUGUAACUCACAUUUUUUCAAAUAUAUCAUUUAUAAAUACCACAUUUAUAAUCCAUUUUCGUCUUAUCUCGAGGCAAUUUAAUUUUUUUAUUUUUGAAGAUAGGUAUUUUAUAAAAACCACAAGGAAAUAUACAGCUUAUUCAUUGAGUAAAAUUUUAUGUGUAUGACUAAAUCUAUGUAUCACAAAAAAAUAAUACAGCAUUUUUUUAUAAUUCACCAAAAUUAUGUUUUCACUUGGAAUGAAUCUCCGUGGCAACAUGCCUCCAUGGCAACAUGGCAGGUUGGUUAUACUACCACAAUAAGUUGUUUGUGACUCACUCAGUGAGUAAGAUCCCAUCUUGGAUUGUUGAAUUGUGUUAUUUUGAAAAAAAAAGUCAUCCAACUUGAUGAACCCUAUACAUGCUGAAUUAGUGCAAUGAAUUUGUCCAACUUUGAAUUUGGGAUAGUUCAUUUCAAGCUCAAGGGAUUUCAAUAUCAGGUACAAAAAUUUGAGCUAGUGUAGAGUAAGGUCAGGGUUACGGUUAGUGCCCUACAAUGGUAGAUCAGACUGGCCUGUCUCUUUACUAGUGGUGGCAAAAGCGGGUCAAUUUGUUUACAGCAUAUUAAGGGUUGAGAAAGAAUGAUCAUAGUUGUUUUAACCGGAUUCCUGUUUGUGCCACAUGUUAUAUCAUCAGUUUAGAAGGGCAUCAAUGGUCUUCUUCCAACAAUAAAAUCUGUACUUCAAUUUUGAAAUCUUUUUAUGCUGCACUUGAAAUUUAAUUGAUCAUUGUGAAGGUUUGUAUUUACACUGAGGAAGGGAAAUGGGAGAUGUUUAUAAGCUUGAAUAAUCUUAUGUUAUAAUGAGAAAAACUUCAUUACUAAGUUUUGAGUACAGUUUACCUUUUAACGUGCAGUUUAUCUUCUAAUCUUGUUUGUUACAGAAUUCUGUUACUGUAUUGUUCAUCUGAGAAAAUAGUGACUUAAAGUAUAGUAUUCUGAGUAAGUCAGAUUUUGUGUAAAAAAUAUACACUCGAGCUUUGAUAUAUGAUGAUAGAUCUAUAGAUACUGUGAAAUACCAUGACAUCUAGUAACUUGUUGCAAGGAUGGGUGAAGAGUUAUAAGAAAUAAUGUACUGUAUGUGGAGGUGUGUCAGGUGACAUGGUAGGUGACUAGUUUUUGGCUUGCAAUAUGUUAUUGUUAAAACAGGGUAAUUGUUUAUUGGAAUUUGAUCUUAACAUGCUGAAUGUAUUUGAUUUGCCCAGCUGUCCAUUAAACUUUUUCAAUAUCAAAAUUAAAGUUAAGUUCUUUUUGAAAUUUGGUAAGAUAUGUGUGUAAGGGACUGGGGUGACAGGAAUCUCUGUGUUUUGAAAAUACUUGUAAAUUGGCCAGUUACGCUCGUAUCUGUAGCUAGGUUGUUUAUAUUUUUUUUUAAAGAUAUCACUAUCUACAUGUAUAUGUAUGCUGCCCUCUCCAAAAGUUACCUUCUAGUUAUUUUCAUUCAUAUUUCAUGUUUAUUGUAUUAAUAAAUUCUUUUCAACAUAUAUGACUCCUGAAAAGAAAGGAAACAAAUCUAAGAAAAUUUGGGAAAUUUUUAACAAAAAAGGUAUAGAAAAACUUAACUUAAAUAACAUAUGUAAACAAACUAUUGAAGGACAGUGUACAUAUUAUUAAAGUAAAGUGCUAACAAGUUUAUGUAAUUAAUUAUACAUGUAUGUGUGUGUAUGCAGGCAUUGUUUUUUCUAAGUUUUACUGUUAUAUAUAUUUAUUAUAAUGAAUGUAUAAAAUAUGUAUAUAUUAGAUGUAUAUAUUGUAAAGUAUAGAAAAAGUUUUGUAUAUAUAUACAUGUAUACAUGUAUAGAAAUAAUGUAGAUAGCACAUGUAUAUAUUUGCUUAUAAGCUUUUUUUAAGGUAUUUUAGAUGCUUUAUUUAAGAACUGCUUUAAAUCCUAACUCUGCUAAAAUUUGUAAAAUAGACUUAUCUUGCUUUGGAUAUGGAAGUACCCAUUGUUAUUUAAAGAGAUUUCAGUAUCAAAGAGGUGACAUUUAGCAGCCAGGCCAGUGGUAUAGAUCCCUGUGUGACUACAUAUAGAUGUACAGGCUUACCUGGCUCUAUACCUGGUUCUGUACCGCUGGCAUUAGCAAGUCAUGGCUGUUAGUAUUUAACCCUUAACCUGCUAAAUUUUGUGUUAUGGUUUUGCUGUGCUUUGAAUUUGGAAAAGUUUGUCAAUCAGCCUUUAAAUUGGGAACAUUAGAAUUUGGAACACUCUUUGAAUCAGUCUUUGAAUUUGGAAAAGUCUUUCAAUCAGUUUUUGUAUUUGGAAUAUUUGAAUUGGAAAAAUCUUUGAAUUUGGAACAUUUGAAUUUGGAUCAUUCUUUCAGUCUUUGAAAUUGGAACAUUUGAAUUUGGAAAAAUCUUUGAAUUUGGGACAUUUAAAUUUGGAACAGUCUUUCAAUUAGUCUUUGAAUUUGGAACAUCUAAAUCUGGGACAGUCUUUUAAUCAGUCUUUAAAAUGGGAAUAUUUAAAUUUGGAACAAUCUUUGAAUUUGGAACAUUUGAAUUUGAAACAGUCUUUCAAUCAGUCUGAAUUUGGAACAUUUGUAUUUGGAUCAUUCUGUCAGUCUUUUAAUUUGGAACAAAUUUUCAAUCACUCUUUGAAUUUGGAACAUUUGAAUUAUGAACUUUCUUUGAAUUUUGAAUCAUUCUGUUUUAAGUUUAAGGUGUUUCAAUAUCAAGAAACAAAAAUUGAGCUACCCAUUGGGUAGAGCCUAGUCAUACUGCACAGAUAAAAAUGAUUUAAGGAUAUAGAUUAUGAUUACCAUAUGAAUUGCAUGUUGUUAUAAUCCUUAAUGCUCCUUGUUAUUAAAGGGAUUGAAACAUUUUAAAUCUGCUUGAUACAUAUUUUUCACUGAUUGGUCAUUAAACUGUACAAUAUGUGUAUAUAUACAACCGUUACUGAUAAGACAGAAGUUCAGACAAUAUAUAAGGUCAGUUUAAUGCAGACAAAUAUGAAGAUUUGAUAUUAUUUUCUCAAUUUUUUGAAAGUAUAAGAGAUAUAUUUAAUCUUCUUUACACAGAUUUUGUGCUAAGUUUUAUCAAGGUAUAAUUUCCUAAAUUAUCUCAGUUUUUUGUUUGUAUCCAAGUCUCAUAGUCUGACAAAUGAUUUUGGGUUUAAGGUUUUUUUAUCAUAACUUUGUUCAUUUUUCUUUCAUGAAAGCUUAUGUUUUAUAUAUUUUAUAUCCAUAUAAAGGCCAUCUGCUACAGUAAAGUCAUGUAAUUCAUGAAAAUGACCCAUGCAAAUACACUAUAGUCAUUUAUGAACAGUUUUGGCAGCAACAGGUUCAAUGCUAGACUGGUUUAAUACUAGACUGGUUUAAUGCUAGACUGGUUUGAUGCUAGACUGGUUUAAUGCUAGACUGGUUUAAUGCUGGACAGGUUAAAUGCUAGAUUGGUUUAAUGCUAGACAAGUUUAAUGCUAGACUGGUUUAAUGCUGGACUGUUAAAUGCUAGGCCUUUUUAAUGUUUGACUGUUUAAUGCUGUAAAGGUUUAAUGUUAGACCGGUUUAAUGCUAGACAGGUUUAAUGCCAAUCUCCACACAGUGACCUCCCCUUAAUUCUUCGGCAUAGAUCUCUGCCACC